GCAGCCAGCCAGCCGGUUUGUUUGUGCAAGUUUCUUUUCUUUCGCCUACAUUCAAUUCUUCUUUGUUAAUUAUUAAUAUAUAAUUUGUUGUUUUAUAUUAUUGGUUUUUGCCAUCAAACUUUAACAAUAUCAAUUUUGACAUAAAUGUGUUAUUAGUUAAAUUAAAAAAAAUAAACGCAAAGUGAGAUAAAAAAAAAAACAGUCUGCAAAGAUGACUUUAUUAAAGUACAUGUCUCUGAUAACCACUUUCUCGGUAUUUGCGGCUUUAAUAUCGAUUGUUUGGCAAGCAUUUUUAUCGUUGAAACAAUUAAAUAAAAUCACCCAAAUUUUAACUGGUUUAUUGGCGAUUGAGAGUCAAUUGAAACGACCUUGGAAUGAGUCAAAACCUAAAGUUGCUUUGGGCUAUGGUGCUUGCAGUGAUUUGUUAAUUAGUGCUACUGAGUUUUUAAACUAUUCGGCCGCAAUAAUACCAGACAAUGUGGGGUCAGAGUUUACGGUGGAUGAGGUGAAUGAUGAGGCGGAAUUAUUGCAAACAUUUGGUUAUUACUUUCGCAAUGGAGCAGCGGCUGAAAGAGUCAUGCCCAAUACUGAGCUCUUUAGGCAAUUAAUUUAUAUUGCCAAGAAACAACAUCGCGAAUCGAUACAAUGGUUUAUUGGUGGCAAUGCCCCUUUGAUGGGCAUACGUUUUGACACGGAGGGCUGGGAGGUUUUGUUAGGUGCAAGAAUUUCUCAUAAAUUACGCCGCUUAAUGCCCGAAACUAUUAAAAUCGCUGGUGAUUUUAUCGAAGAAGAUGAUAUACAUUUGAUAUUAGAAUACAAGGCUGGUGAAACUUGGGGCCCCUUUACAGCCCCCAGAGCUAAUCGGUAUAUCUUACACAACGAUCACAAUAAUCCCCACUUAAACUCACUCGAACAUUUACAAACCGCCAUUGAAUCGUAUAAGCCCGAUCUGUUUAUAAUCAGUGGCAUACAAAUGAUGGAUAGUUACAAAUUUGCCGAGGGCAUAAGAGAAGCACGACUGCUUAAAGUUAAUCAACAAAUUGAUUCGUUGAGCAAACAAACUAUGAUACACUUCGAAAUGGCUUCGUAUGUGGAAAUGGAUUUGUUGCAGCAAUUACGACAGUUUAUUCUGCCUCACGUUGAUUCGUUGGGUAUGAACGAACAGGAAUUGGAUAAUUUGGCACAAGUAUUGGAACAUGGACGCACAACAUUGGCCUCCGAUUGGAAUCCUAGAGUGGCCACAACUCUAGAUCAAAUGCGCAAAGUUUUUUCGAUAUUGGCUAAAGAUUAUUAUAAAAAUGCCACUGGAGUUAAUAACACUAAAAGGCGAAUGGUUAGCAGAAUACAUUUGCAUACCUUGGCCUAUCAGGCUUUAUUAACGGUUAAGGAUUCCAAGUGGAAGAAUACUAAAUUGGGAGCAGCCAAGGCGGCUUUAAUAGCUCAUCGUUAUGUGUGUCAGACACAAGUGAUUAAUCCCGAAGCUGCCUCUUUGGUAUUGGAUGACAGUUUCUCUACUUCUCUUAACCACACCGAAGCUCAACGCAUUGCUUUUGAUCCCCAAAAUCCUGUACCCUGCUGGUCCGAAACGUUACAAAUAACGGCUCUAAAAUCGUUGGACAUUGAAAUAUGUGUAGCCCCGGUUUUGGUCUGCCGUGUGGCCAAAAAGACCGCAGGGGCUGGUGAUAAUAUAUCCGCUGCUGGCCUAUCGCAACAAUUAUAAUUGUUUAAACUACAAUAAACAAACUUAAUUUAGGUUAUUAUGUUACUCAAACAAGCCAUAACUACUUAAUGAGACUGUUCUGCUGCUGUAUGUAAAAAAUCAACAAAAUAACAAUAGAAAAAGAGAGCUACUAAAUGAAUCUCUUUUUUAGUUAUAUAUUUUUGGAAACCUAAUAACCUUUUUCUUUUAUAUUAACAUAUAAACAAACAAAACAACAACAAAAAAAACAUUCCUUUUAUGGGUUUUUAAACCUUUAACCUAAAUAUAUUUUUAAUUUUUUAUUUGAUUUGUUUUGGUUUUUGAAACGUAAUGUGUUCAUUGCAAUCGCUAGAUAUUUGUUUAUACGUAUAUUUUAUGUCUUUUGCUUAAUCGUAAUUAAUCCUAUUAUGUUUAAUUUGUAGCUAGUAAUGUUGGUACGUACUAUUACAAAAUUUGUUGAAAUUAUUUUUUAAGAUUUUUUGAUAUUGCAGAUUUUUAUUGUAAUGAUGAUGAUGACCUCUUUUUUGUUUAUUUUUAUUAUUAAUGGACCUGUUCGAAAGUUACCUUAAGCAAUUUUACAUUCCCCCUUUAAAAGUGUAUGUUGUAUUAUUUUACAACUCUUAAUUAUAAUUAUAUAAAAGUUCUUAACUCACAAAGAUAUAUGUAUGUAUGUAUGAUCAAUAAAAGAUAAUGCAAAAUACUGAACAACAA